AUGGUGACAUACUUGCCGAUAUCCUCGCCCUUCAUCCGGUUCGCAGGUCGAUAUGUUGACGAAGCCUUUGGAGUAGCUGCUGGGUACAACUUCUUUAUCUUCGAAGCCGCCAUGGUGCCGUUUGAGGUCACGGCAUGUAAUUUGAUCAUCAAUUACUGGAGCGAUGCGGUUCCAGUAGCCGGUAUUAUUGUCAUCGUUCUUGUGCUAUUUUCACUCCUCAACAUCUUCGCAGUAAAGUGGUACGGCGAGGCCGAGUUUUGGCUUUCCCUGAGCAAGGUCUUGCUCAGCGUAGGCUUGAUAUUCUUCACAUUUAUUGCUAUGCUCGGCGGUAAUCCUCUCGGUGAUCGUUUCGGGUUCCGAUACUGGAGGAACCCUGGAUCGUUCGCUGAGUAUUACAAGACCGGAGACCUGGGUCGAUGGAUGGGCUUUCUUGCGUGCCUCAUCCAGGCCAGCUUCACAAUUGCUGGCCCCGACUAUGUUUCAAUGGCUGCCGGUGAAGCCGUGAACCCCCGCGGCGUUUUGCCACGGGCCUACAACGGGAUAUUCUACCGACUCACGGCUUUCUUCAUUCUUGGUGUACUGUGCAUCGGUAUCCUAGUUCCCUACAACGAUCCCGUGAUGGCUGCGGCAUUCGAGAAGGACUUGCCUGGAGCGGCUGCAUCUCCGUAUGUAAUUGCAAUGGACCGGUUGCACAUUUCAGUCCUCCCGCACAUCGUCAACGCAAUGAUCCUUCUUGCUGCUUUCAGUGCAGGGAACAGUUAUGUUUACUGCGCUAGCAGAAGUUUGUACGGACUUGCCCUGGAUGGCAAGGCCCCGCGCAUCCUAACCAAAUGUACCCAGACCGGUGUGCCGGUUUAUUGUGUGACGGUUGUGCUCCUUGUCGCGCUGCUAUCUUUCCUGCAGGUUUCCAACGGAUCCGCAGUUGUUCUGGAGUGGUUUGUCAAUCUGGUCACGGCAUCACAACUGAUCAACUUCUCUGUCAUCACGUUCACCUACACCCGGUUCAGGAAGGCUCUGAUGUCGCAAGGCGUUUCCCGCGACUCGCUCCCAUACCAGAGCCGAGGCCAGCCAUAUGUCGCCUACAUCGCGCUAGUCUCGACCUUCAUCAUGACUUUCGUGAGUGGAUAUACUGUCUUUUUGCCUGGGAGCUGGGACGUACCAACUUUCUUCUUCUCGUACACGAUGAUCGGGGUGUUCCCGAUCAUCUUCAUCGGAUGGAAACUUUGGCACCGCACAAAGUUCUUGAGCCCUGAGCAAAUCGACAUACUUACCGGCGUUGACGAAGUGGAUCAAUAUACCAGAAACUACAUCGAGAUACCCUCAGGUAAUUCGCUCUCGAGGUUCAACGACUGGUUAUUUGGUUAG